AUUCAAGUCAGUCAAGCAGGCUAUGGAUCAGAAAGAAAUGUAAUGAGCUGUCUGCCCAAAUGGAUUUUCAAAAUUUAUUGCCGUGUUUUUCGGAUUCUCCCAGACAUGGGUGAUAUGUCGAGUAAAAACGGAGUCUUUGGCUUAUUGAGUCCGUCGAUAGCUAAACUUGGCGACGAGGAUAACUAUUGGACUUGGCGCAUACUCAUAAGAUCUUAUCUGGAAGCCUUGGGACUGUGGGCGGGAAACUUUCCAAAGGAGGGGCCGCAAACCAAGUUCAUCUUGCUGAGCACUCUUGAAAUGUGGAUAUUUAAAAGGGAAUAUGAGCAUUCAAGUUGUAAGCAAAUUUUUCAAGAUCUCGAGGAGCGUUUUAGUGUUCCUCGACCAAAACUUUCCCAAAUGAAUUUGACCAACUAAGAAAGAAAUAUUAAAUUAUGGAAUAGCUCUUUUCUCGAUCA